CAAGUUUUAGUGUUAAUGGCAGGAUCUGAUGAGACCGCCAAGACAACCACUGUCAUCACCAACACAGACAACACCAUGCCUCAACCAACCAAAUCAAUGGCUCGAAGGUUUGUUGGUGUCAGGCAAAGACCGUCGGGACGAUGGGUGGCGGAGAUCAAGGAUUCGUCACAGCGUGUGAGACUCUGGCUAGGGACUUACGAUACUCCUGAAGAAGCUGCCCGUGCUUACGAUGAAGCGGCUCGUGCUCUCCGUGGGGAAAAUGCUCGAACCAAUUUCGCAUCGGUUAACCACGGUUUGAAACAGCCGGUUUCCGGCUCCUCUCCUUGUAAUAAUGUCCAGCAGCAUGGGCUUAGCUUCUCUUCCUUGAAGGCUAAACUGAGCAAAAACCUACAGAGUAUCAUGGCUAGGAACAGGGAGAACAAGUCGACGAAAAGUAGAGUGAGUGACCACUUCACUUUCGCUAGCAUAUUCAACUUCAGAAACUAUCAUUACCAGAACACGGGUGUUGAUAUGAAGAAUAUUCAAAAAGUGGUGCAACCGAGCAUCAUUGUGCCACACGUGGGUGAUGCGCCGCCACAACCGCCGCCACCCUUGUCCUGGGACAGCUCUAGCGUUUCGGAUUGUAGCAACGAAUGGAUCGGAUUCCGGCAACAUGGGUUUGAUUCGGACGGGUCGGAUAUCGGUGAAGUGAGCUUCGGUCGUGAUCACCAUGGAUUUGCAGAUGAAAUGAUGGGGUGGGUCGAUAGCCCCGACAUUAAUAAUAUUGGUCCGAGAUUGAUCGAUGAGGAUGGUCAUGGUUCGAGGAGUAAGAGGUUCAAGGUCUCUUCUUCUGUUGUGGUUCCUCCAACUUUUAGUGGGUCAAACCAUAACUAAAAGCUUAAUUACUUGUCGUCGUUGUUGUUUUCAGUGAUAUAGAACAUGUAUGUAUAGUUCCAAAAAGAAAGAAAGAAAGAAAGAAACGACAUGGAUCAUGCAAAAGAAG